AUGAGUGACCAGGAGAUGAUGGCCUUCGGGGGUGGCGGCUCCUUUUCUCCGGAAGCCUGAAAAAGAGCGCAUCGAGGCCCAGAACCAGCCUUUUGAUGCCAAGACCUACUGCUAUGUCACCGACCCCACUGUGGAGUACAUCCAGGGAAAGAUUAAAAGCACCGAGGCUGGAAAAACCACUGUAGAAACUGAGGAAGGCAAGACGGUCACAGUGAAGCCAGACAACGUGUACCCCAUGAAUCCACCCAAGUUCGAUAAGAUUGAGGACAUGGCGAUGUUGACUCACCUGCACGAGCCGGCUGUAUUGUACAACCUGAAGGAUCGUUAUAAAGCUUGGAUGAUCUAUACAUAUUCUGGGCUGUUCUGUGUCACCGUGAACCCCUACAAGUGGCUGCCCGUGUAUAACCCUGAGGUGGUUAAUGCCUACCGUGGCAAGAAGCGUCAGGAGGCUCCGCCCCACAUCUUCUCCAUCUCUGACAACGCCUAUCAGUUCAUGCUAACUGAUCGUGAAAACCAGUCUAUCCUCAUCACUGGAGAAUCCGGUGCUGGGAAGACAGUGAACACAAAACGCGUCAUCCAGUACUUUGCAACAAUUGCAGCAGUGGGUGAUGUGAAAAAGAAGGAAUCCACAGGUGGGAUGAAGGGCACCCUGGAGGACCAAAUCAUCCAGGCCAACCCUCUGCUGGAGGCUUUUGGCAAUGCCAAGACUGUCAGGAAUGAUAAUUCAUCACGUUUUGGUAAAUUCAUUCGUAUUCACUUUGGCACCACUGGAAAACUGGCUUCUGCAGAUAUCGAAACGUAUCUGCUGGAGAAGUCCAGGGUCACCUUUCAGCUACCUGCAGAAAGAAGUUAUCACAUCUUCUAUCAGAUCCUGUCCAACAAGAAGCCGGAACUGAUCGACAUGCUGUUGAUCACAACGAACCCGUAUGACUUUCCGUACAUCAGCCAGGGUGAGAUCUCUGUGGCGAGCAUUGAUGACACUGAGGAGCUGAUGGCUACAGAUAAUGCCAUUGAUAUCCUGGGUUUCACUCCUGAGGAGAAGGUCGGAAUCUACAAGUUAACCGGUGCCGUUAUCCAUUAUGGCAAUAUGAAAUUCAAGCAAAAACCGUGGGAAGAGCAGGCUGAGCCUGAUGGGACAGAAGUGGCCGAUAAAACAGCGUACCUCAUGGGGUUGAAUUCUGCAGACUUGCUAAAGGCGCUCUGCUACCCCCGGGUGAAGGUGGGGAAUGAGUAUGUGACUAAGGGGCAGACUCCAGAGCAGGUGCACCAAAAUGUGAACGCACUUGCCAAGUCUGUCUAUGAGAAGCUGUUCCUGUGGAUGGUGACCCGUAUCAACCAGCAACUUGAUACCAAACUUCCUAGACAGCAUUUCAUUGGUGUGCUGGAUAUUGCCGGAUUUGAAAUCUUUGAGUUCAACAGCUUGGAGCAACUUUGUAUCAACUUUACCAAUGAGAAGCUACAGCAGUUCUUCAACCACCACAUGUUUGUACUUGAACAAGAGGAAUACAAGAAGGAAGGAAUCGAGUGGGAAUUCAUUGACUUUGGCAUGGACUUGGCAGCCUGCAUUGAGCUU